AUGGCCCAGAACAACAUGAACAGCCUGACGACGUUGAUCAAGCGGCUCGAAGCUGCGACGUCCCGCCUCGAGGACAUCGCGUCGUCGUCGUUUGCGCAGGACGACAGCGCCAGCAACGGCGGAGCGGCUGCCGCCGUGGCCGCGGGCGGAGCGUCUGUCGCCCCGGCGGCCGCUGCUCCCACACCCAAAGCCGUCGAGAGCCUGCCCCCGUCCCUUGCCGCCUUUGACGAGCUCGCCAGCACCGAGCUGCACACAUGGCUCGACCUGAGCCGCAAGCUGGGCAGCGUCAUCGAGACGCAGUCCAAGGCCGUCGAGGGCGCAUUCGCGGCGCAGCGCAGGUUCCUGACCAUUGCCACCAGGGCGAAGAAGCCCGACGACCACACCAUCAUGGGCUUCCUCAAGGACCUGCAGGCCUCGAUGGAGAAGACGGACGAGGUCCGCCAGAGCAACCGCGAGCCGGCCCUCAAGGACCCGCUGUCCAUGGUCGCCGACGGCGUGGGCUCGCUGGGCUGGGUCACCAUAGGCGGCGGCGGCGGCCCCAAGCCGCACGAGUACAUCACCGAGCUGUUUGGCGGCGCCCAGAUGUACGGCAACAAGGUGCUCAAGGAGUACCGCGAGAAGCCCGACAAGACCAACGUCGAGUGGGUCCAGGCCUACUACAAGCUGUUCAAGGCGCUCGCCGAGUACGCGAAGAAGCACCACCCCACCGGCGUCGCCUGGAACAGCAACGGCAUCGAUGCCAAAGAAGCCGCCCGAAACCUCUCCGCCGCACCCUCAGGCCCCGCUGCAGCCGCCAUCCCACCCCCACCGGGCCCUCCCCCGCCACCAGGCCCACCUCCACCCCCGGGCGCCGCUCCUCCCGCCAAGAAGGCUGCGCCUGACAUGAACGCCGUCUUCGACGACCUCAACAGGGGCGCUGACGUCACAAAGGGGCUGAAGAAGGUCGACCAGAGCCAAAUGACACACAAGAACCCGUCCCUGCGAACAAGCGCGCCGGUGCCCACGCGGAGCGACAGCAACGGCUCCCUGCGCGGCAAGAGCCCAGCGCCUCCGCGCAAGCCAGACACGAUGCGCACCAAGAAGCCACCGAAGAAGGAGCUGGACGGCAACAAGUGGAUCAUCGACAACUUCGACAACCCUGGCGAGGUGGUCGAGUUCGACGCCGAGUUCAACCACUCCAUCCUCAUCUCCCGCUGCAAAAACACCACCAUCCGCAUCAACGGCAAGGCCAACGCAAUCUCCAUCGACAACUCGUCGCGCACCUCGAUCAUCAUCGACUCGCUCAUCUCCUCGGUCGACGUCAUCAAGUGCCCCAACUUUGCCCUCCAGGUCAUCGGCACCCUGCCCACCGUCCUCCUCGACCAGGUCGACGGCGCCACCAUCUACCUCGGCAAGGACAGCCAGAACACGGAAAUCUUCACAAGCAAGUGCUCGAGCAUCAACAUCAACCUGCCGAGCGACGACGACUACUCGGAGAACCCCCUGCCCGAGCAGAUGCGCAGCUGGAUCGAGGAUGGCAAGCUCGUUAGUGAGAUUGUCGAGCACGCUGGCUAG